AUGAGGGCCUGGAAACUUAUUGGUCUCCUUUAUUUUUAGUCGUUGGAAGCUGUUCAAAAUUGCACCAAGCUUGGAUCGAUUCCUGCACACCAAGACCCAAAUGGCAAGCACAGGACGCAGUCGACGGUGUGCCUUGUGCCAGCAGUUCUAUAGCUCCGGACUCGUUGACAACGUACCGGCUGGGGUGAGUCCGUAAAUUGUUUCUUUUUGCAUCAUUCCACAACGCUUUAGUCCUUGUACAUUUGUCAGGAAUUGCUGCGUGCACGACGGAUGCUAAUGGAGCGUAGUACCGAAGAUAAUGGACCAACGAGUCGCUUGAUCCAAGAAGGAUUUGACCACUUUCUCGCUGAUCUUACUCGCGAACGGGAAAUUCUUGGCCAACGCACCAUACCGUUAGAUGUUUGCGUCUUCUGCGAGCAGUUCCUGCCUUCUUCGUAUACUAUAGACGGUGAUCCAGAGGAGGAACAGCGCACUCAGAGCCCCACCAACUACAACGUACGAGCAUCCACGUCUUCGCGUAUAGCAUCUCGUUGUACUAAUGGAGGACACAUGAGUUCAAGUCUCGUAAUUCAGCAUCAGUUUCCACCACGAACAGCGCGAGUAGCCCGACCUCGAAGUUGUUCACAAUCUAACCAAAGCACUUCAGCAUCACCUCGACCUCCUCCGACGUAUCGUUUGUUAUCGAACGGUGUAACGCGCGUGCUGCGCAUUGAAUCGCCAGCAGCGCUGAAUUCGAUGGGACAUCGAUACGACCAGGGGCGCCGUCUUCUAACAGCCAACGACAACGUCAUGGGGAAUCUUCGGGAGCGGGAAAAACAGCAAAUGGCUGCAAUCUUACGUGCUGAAUGUAGCAAACGUGAGGCGUACCACCGGCAUCGCUUGUCAAUAGCGAAGCAAAAUUCUCGCGGACGCAGCGAAUGCAUGACGACUGGAUCUGUUGGUCCGGAAUCACUGCCGCAUCAAAGUAUUAUCGACAGCCUCAUCCAUGGCACGGGGACCUUGUAUACGGGCGUUGUUGUGGCUCCACAGGAAUAUAAUCCUUUAACCCCUGCACCUCGACCGAGUAUCACCACGAAAGGCUCCAAGAUCAUCACUAAGAAGCACGGUCGCCACUUUAAAACAGAGCUCUUCUUUCCAACAAUUCCCGUUAACACUCAAGCAACUAAAAAAUAA